UUAAGUUCGUGUGAAGAGGUGAAUUUUAUUUUAGAAAAAAAUAUAAAAAAAGGAAAGGAAAAUAUAAAAAAUAUGUCUUCACAUAAUAUAGAAAGCGUAAGUACAGGAAGUGAAGCUGUGGACGAAAUUCUGAAGAAACCAUUGUUUCGCGAUAUCAAUGCUGAUGACACUGCUGCAGACGCUACAGAAAUUGAAUCGGCAUGCAUGAGUUGCUUCCGCUCUGGAGUUACACGCUUGCUGCUGACAAAAAUUCCUUUUUUCAAGGAGAUAGUUUUGAUGUCUUUCAAAUGUGGAUAUUGCGGCUUUGAAAAUAAUGAAGUACAAUCUGCUUCAGAAAUUCAAAAGAGGGGUAUACGCAUUGCCUUGAAUGUGCAAACACGAACGGAUCUUAACCGACGAGUGGUACGUUCCGAUUACACUUGCGUACAAAUACCGGAAGUAGAAUUGGAAAUUCCAGCCCAAACUCAAAAAGGUGAAAUAACUACAGUUGAAGGUAUAAUCGAUCGAACUAUACGUGGUUUAAACCAAGAUCAAGAGAAGCGUAAAGUUGAACAUUCUGAUGCGGCUGCUGCUAUAGAUGCAUUCAUAGAACGUUUGCAAGCUUUGAAAGAAAUGAAGACUUCAUUUACUUUAAUCCUUGAGGAUAUUAGUGGUAACAGUUUUAUAGAGAACCCUGACGCUCCGGCAGCUGAUCGUAAUUGCAAAACAGUCCAAUUUAUGCGUAGUGAUGAGGAAAACCAUUUGUUGGGUAUAUAUGAUAAAACGGAUGUCGCAGGAGGCGAUAUAGAACAAACAUGUAAGCGUGAAGAUAAUCAUUUACUAAAACCUUUAGACGAUGGAGCUUGGACUUAUGAAGACUUGCAUGGUGAAGUUUUACAAUUCCGCACUUUGUGUCCAGAAUGCCGUUCGGCUUGUGAAACUAAUAUGAAGCUUACCAAUAUACCACAUUUUAAAGAAGUUGUAAUUAUGGCUACUGUAUGUGAUGUUUGUGGUUGUAAAACUAAUGAAGUAAAAUCUGGCGGUGGCAUAGAAGAAAAGGGUGUACGCUUUGAGGUGACUAUAGCCACGAAGGAGGACUUAACUCGUGAUGUAUUGAAAUCGGAAACUUGCAGUUUACGCAUACCCGAGCUAGAUUGUGAAGUUGGUCCUUCUGCCUUAGGUGGUCGCUUCACAACAGUUGAAGGUAUUUUGCUAGCCAUGAAAGAUCAACUGGAAAAUGGCGAUUUAAUGUUCCACGAUUCUUCGGAUGAGACAACUAAAGAGCGUUUACAGAAAUUUUUAAGGAAAUUUAACGAUGUCAUAUCUCUAAAAACUGAGGUUUCUCUAAUUUUAGAUGACCCGGCUGGUAAUAGUUUUGUGCAAUCUUUAUUGGAUAACGAUGAGCCAGAUGAUAAAUUGAAAAUUGUUAAAUAUGAGCGCAACUACGACCAAAACGAAGAAUUGGGUUUAAAUGAUAUUAAAACUGAAAAUUAUGAGACGCCAUAACAAACUAACGAUUUUGAGUUGAGCAUAAUAGACUUCCACAUCCCGGUUGUAAAUGUAGCAGUAAAUUUGGUAUAAAUAAGAGAAAAAAAGGGAUGAUUCCUUUUAGGAAAUUAUCGGAGAAAAUUCGUAGGUUAUGUCGUGUUUUUUUAUAAUAUAUAUUAAUAUACUCGAAUAUUUUACACGUAAAAUUGCAACAUUGUUUUCGGCUAAUUCGAUUUCGAUUUUCAAAAUUAGAAUAAUCACAAGCAGCAAGCGAAAUAUGCUUGAAAGACUUAACUAUGGGUUUAUAUAUAAUUUGAUGUAAUUCGUUCGUUAUUAAGAACAGCAUUUAAUUAUUUUCAUAAAAAUGGAGUUUUAAUGUUUUUAGGCAUUUUUUUUUCCAGAUUUGCAGCUUAUUCUUAAUGGAAAUUAAAAUUUGAUCGCAACGUUAUUUGAGAAGAUAGUCGUUUUCACACAUAUUUGUCUCGCGCGCAUAGAUUCCAGGUCCUUAAAGUUAGAUGCGGCCAGAAGAUAAGCUUUGUUUUUGCUUUCUAAAAUUUCUAAUCCAAUGAAAUAUACUACUGUACAGGUAACCCAGGCCCAUUAUGCCCGAACUUCGCUAAUAAGCCCAAUGUUUAUUUAUCAAUGGCGCGUAGUUGUGUCUUGGUAAUGAAAUGUUGGGGAAUUCUUAAAUAAAAAUGUAAAAUAAAUAUACGAAUGCCUUUGAUAUGUGAUUUCUGUAAGAUCAGAAAGCAUGACAAAAUGAGCAAUGUAAUUAUCAGAAGAAUACCCUAACGAAAUAUCGAACUUUGAGCGAACGGUGAUUUAAGAUCGGCAUGUAGUAGAUUGAAAAUUGUCGAGUCGUCGUGUAUUUUUUAUAUUGCCAAGGAAUGAAAAGAGAAUGAUCUUGUUAACCGCGGAAAUGCUGCAAAUAGCCCUCCUUACGAACUUAUUAUCUCUGUGAUU